AUGGCUGCAAAUAAGGAUAUUAGGAGAAGUUCAAUAAACAUAAUUUUCCGGUAUGCCGCUGACCGGGUAGAUAUUUUGCUGAUGAUCAUGGGCACGAUUGGUGCUAUUGGAGACGGAACAGUCUCAAACUGGUUACUCGUGUACAUGAGCCGGAUUUUCAACAGUUUGGGUCAGGCCAACAGGUCUCGCCACUUUAUGGACGAAGUGGAAAAGUGCAGUUUGUACUAUGUGUACCUGGGACUAGCAGUCAUGGCGCUAGCGUUUAUGGAGGGAUACUGCUGGAACAAAACCAGCGAACGACAGGUCCUAAGGAUACGUUACAAGUACUUGGAAGCACUUCUCAGACAAGACGUCGGUUUUUUCGACUCCCAUGAAGCAAAAACCUCUGACAUCAUAAACACCAUCUCCAGAGACACUUCCCUCAUACAACAAGUCCUCAGUGAGAAGGUGCCGAUUUUCUUGGUGAACAUAUCCAUUUUCAUAUCCGGAGUCGCUUUCUCGUUCUAUUUCUCAUGGAGGCUGUCGCUCGUGGCCUUACCGACUAUCAUCCUCUUAAUCGUACCUGGUUUGAUAUACGGAAAGUACCUCGGCAGUCUCUCGAGAAAGAGCUUCAGCGAGUACAGCAAAGCAAACACGAUUCUCAUGCAAGCCCUCAGCUCCAUCAAGACUGUCUACUCGUUUACUGCUGAAAAGAGCAUUGUCGACAAGUACUCGUCCAUACUGGGCCGAGCCGAAAAGCUCGGGAUCAAAGAGGGAAUCGCAAAAGGUCUCGCCAUUGGAAGCACCGGAAUUACUUUCGCGAUAUGGGCUCUGUUCGCUUGGUACGGGAGCCACCUCAUCAUGCACAAUGGAGAAAGUGGCGGGAGGAUUUACGCCUCUGGGAUUUCCUUCGUAUUGGGUGGACUGGCUUUAGGAGUGGCUCUACCAGAACUGAAGCACUUUGCCGAGGCAUCACUCGCAGCAUCGAGAAUACUCGACACGAUUGGCCGGGCCCCACUAAUCGACGCGGAGGACCCAAACGGGACCGUAUUAGCCAAUUUAAGAGGAGAGAUCGAAUUCGAGCACGUCAAGUUCGCAUACCCCUCGCGCCCGGACGCGCUCGUGCUCGAAGACUUGAGCCUUACGAUCCGAGCGGGACAGAAAGUGGCUCUCGCCGGAGCAAGCGGGAGCGGGAAGUCGACAGCUAUUGCGCUCGUGCAGCGGUUUUACGACCCGAUUGGUGGGGCCGUGCGGAUCGAUGGGAGUGACAUACGCGGGUUGAGGCUUAAAUGGCUGAGGGAGCAAAUGGGCCUGGUGAGCCAGGAGCAUGCUUUGUUCGGGACGUCGGUUAAGGAGAAUAUAUUGUUCGGGAAGCCCGAUGCAUCCAUGGAUGAUGUGAUUGUGGCGGCAACGAUGGCGAAUGCUCACGCGUUCAUAAUGCAGCUUCCACACGGGUAUGAAACUAAGAUUGGGGAAAGAGGCGCACUUUUAUCAGGAGGACAAAAGCAGCGGAUCGCCAUCGCCAGAGCCAUCAUAAGGAAUCCUGUCAUUCUCCUCCUUGACGAGGCAACAAGCGCACUCGACUCGGAGUCAGAAACACUCGUUCAACUUGCUCUGGAUCAAGCCUCCACCGGCCGAACAACACUGUUAGUCGCCCACAAGCUGUCAACCAUCAGAAAUGCUGACAGGAUCGCCGUCGUGAGCAACGGCCGCAUCGUCGAGGCCGGGACCCAUGCCAACCUCUCCGCCUCGGCAAGCAGCCACUACACUCGACUCACAAAGCUCCAGAAGCAGUCGAGCAUCAACACCCGAGACCCAGACCAGGCCCACAAACCACCCCUCCUGCCCUCACCAAUUCCCACCUCCCCUAAAGAUCUCCCAAAGACACCCGACAUAAAGCCUCAACAUCCGUCCUUCCUUCGCCUCGUCUCCCUUAACUCCCCAGAAUGGAAACAAGCUGUCAUGGGCAGCCUCUCAGCCGCUGCCUCGGGCACCGUGCAUCCUCUCUAUGCCCUCACAGCUGGCAGCAUGGUCUCCACCUUUUACAUAAUCGAUCAAAACGAGAUGCGAGCAUGCAUCAAGAAAUACGCUCUCGCCUUCAUCUUGCUCUUCCUUGCGUCCGUUGCUCUAAACCUCUUCCAGCACUAUAAUUUUGCACGCGUGGGCGAGGGCCUCACAAGGAGGGUCCGGCUCCGUACGCUCGAGAAGAUGCUCACGUUCGAGGCUGCCUGGUUCGACCGGGACGAGAACUCGAGCGGGACCCUCUGCUCCCAGCUGGGCCGCCAGGCAUCUGCAGUCAAGUCACUCGUGGCCGACCGAGCAUCCCUGCUGAUUCAGACAACAUCGUCCGUCGCCACUGCAGCCGUAAUAGGAUUAAUCAUGGCCUGGAAGCUUGCGCUCGUCAUGAUAGCUGUGCAGCCGCUCGCAGUCUUAUGCUUCUACACGCGGAGAGUGAUGUUGUCGAGCAUGACGGGUGAAUUCGUCCGGUCGCAAAACUCGAGCACGCAGGUGGCGGCGGAGGCCGUGAGCAACCAUAGGGUCGUCACGUCGUUCGGUGGUGUCCGGGAAGUUCUCGGGGUUUUUGAUCGGGCUCAGGAUGAGCUGCGGAGGGGGGCCGGGAAGAAAUCGUGGCUGGCGGGGGCCGGAAUGGGGUCGGCCCAGGGCCUGACUUUCAUGUGCUGGGCCCUCGACUUCUGGUAUGCGGGCACGUUGGUGAGCAGAGGGGAGAUAUCUUCUGGGGACGUGUUCAAGACGUUUUUCGUGCUCGUGAGCACGGGGAAAGUGGUGGCUGACGCUGGGAGCAUGACGUCUGACCUGGCAAAGGGGUCAGCAGCUCUCGCGUCCGUGUUCGCCAUCUUGGACCGCCAGUCGCUGAUUGGAGGACCCGACAAUGUUGCAAUGAAGUUUGAAAAGAUGAGGGGUGAAAUCGAGAUGAAAAACGUCGACUUUGCAUAUCCAGGGAGGCCGGGGAUUUUAAUCUUGCGCGAUUUUAGCCUGGAUUUGAAGGCGGGGACGAGCACAGGGCUUGUCGGGAAGAGCGGGUGCGGGAAAUCGACUGUUAUAUCCCUGAUUCAAAGAUUUUACGACGUGGAUCGUGGCUCGAUCAAGGUUGAUGGUGUGGACAUUAGGUCACUGGACAUUGUGUGGUAUAGAAAACACAUGGCCAUCGUGAGCCAAGAGCCUGUCAUAUACUCGGGCAGCAUUCGCGAGAACAUAAUGCUAGGGAGACUCGAUGCAUCCGAAAAUGAAGUGGUUGAGGCGGCCAAGGCAGCCAACGCACACGAAUUUAUCAGUGCCUUAACGAAUGGAUACAACACGGAAUGCGGGGAGAGGGGAGUGCAGCUAUCGGGAGGGCAAAAACAGAGGAUAGCAAUAGCAAGAGCCAUCAUUCGUGACCCGACUAUACUGUUGCUGGAUGAGGCCACGAGUGCCCUCGACAUGCAGUCGGAGCAGGCCGUGCAAAAGGCGCUUGACCGUGUGAUGGCUAUGCGGACAACUGUUGUAGUGGCCCACCGGCUGAACACAAUCAGGAAUGUGGACUUGGUGGCUGUGGUAGCGGAAGGGAAGGUGGUCGAGAGAGGGACGUAUGAAGUGCUCAAGAGCAGCAAAGGUGCCUUCUUCAAUCUUGCUAGCUUUCAAGCUGGAUGUUAG